UGCUAGUCUAUUGUUCUCAUGUUUGAUCAGUGUCGUCGUCUGUCGUGUUAGAACGACUGAAGAUGACUUACCCUUAACUUCGUUUGAUCAAUUUCGAGGAAUGGUUAAUUCAACUAAAUCUAACCUGGGAUCUGGACCUGGCCCUAGCUACGUGUGUUACGAGUGGAUACCAAUUUUUGGAACAAGGCGUGACGUUGAGCUACGAAUAAACCUUUGUAUACCACCUGACAUGCUACUUCAAGUUAACAAAUACAGUGGUAGUACUGAAGAAUUAAUUGGCGAAGCUAUGAACUCCUCUUGCGAUCGAUUUGCUAUUGGGAUUGCCAACUGUACUGGCUUUAGCGUUAGACUUGUGGGCGAGACGUGCGAGGGAAGCAAACUGCCAAGCACAUUUGUUACUACCUUUUACUACAGCACAAAAAUGGUGUCCGAAUCUCCUCUUGAUGGUUGUCAGCGUUCAUCAUGUGGGAAGGCCUCAUUUUUUAGUCUUUCUAAUAUUCAUACUAUGGGUUAUCGUUGCUACUGCAAGGAUUAUGAUGGGUCGUGUGUUGGGUCGUGUGUUCCAGCCUUUCAAGGUGCUACUAAUAUAACCAAUGCUUGUAAUUGUCCACCGCCACCUAUAGAGUUUCUUGGAGAGAUAUGCUACUUGGGAGGCCACCACAACAUAAUUCAGUUGGAUAGUCCAAAAACGACUUGUCCGAGCAAUGCAAGUUCUAACAAAAAUGAGAAGAAGAAUGUGGGAGUAGUAGCUGGAGCCGGUACACUGUCCUGUUUCGCUGUCAUCCUGUUAGUACUUGCUGUGUACUUUUUCUAUCGACGAAAACGCUUGAAUGCUGUAGAAGGUGAGUAUGAUUGUGAUACAGUGGAAAGAGAACUAGACGAACAAGAAAAAACGCGCCGUGCUGUCGACUACGAAGUACCGUCUACCUCUUAUCUCCCCAACGUACUGACAUUGAAUUCAGGGUAUGGAAAAUCACCCGUGGUCGACAGUCCAGCGUACAAUGUGGCAGUCAAUACGAAUUGAGGCGACCAACAGUAGAAUGCGAUUACAUUUAGUUAAUUAGUUAUUACUAGUUAAGUUUAUUUAAUUAAAGCAAUCAAGGAUUAGGAUGUUAAAUAAUUAAUUAAUGAACUAGAAAAGGUAGUAAACAGUUGCAUGUUU